AUGGUGGAAGGAGUGUUUAACCUCUUAUUAUGUUUAUUUCUAGGGCAGGAGCGGUUCGGCAACAUGACCCGAGUCUACUAUAAGGAAGCUGUUGGGGCUUUUGUUGUUUUUGACAUGUCAAGAGUGUCCACGUUUGAGGCCGUCCUAAAAUGGAAAAGUGAUCUGGAUAGUAAAGUCCAACUUCCCAGUGGCAGCCCUAUUCCUGCUGUUCUCUUAGCUAAUAAAUGUGACCAGAAAAAGGAAGGUGGCCAGAAUCUUUCCCAGAUGGACCAGUUCUGCAAAGAGCAUGGCUUCACUGGAUGGUUUGAGACCUCCGCAAAGGACAACAUCAACAUCGAUGAGGCGGCGCGGUUCCUGGUGGACAGCAUUCUCGUGAACCAGCAGAGCUCUGCCAGCGAAGACCGCGACACGGACAAGGUCACGCUGCACCAGGAGGCCCUGCCCGCCGAGAGCAGGUCCCAGUGCUGCUGACCGGCUGCGGGCCUCGCUCCUGCUCGCGAGGGGCCGCCUGACCUCAUUCCUCCACUUGGAGCAACCCCCCGAGACGGAUCGAGGGCACUGCGCUGCCCUGUGGCCCUUCCCAGGGCUGUGCCUUCCCGGGAGACGGUGGCUCCCCGGCAGCCUCAGCUGAGCGGGGUGUCGGGGGGGUGCCUGCACCCUCAGGCCCCUGCUGCCGCCAUCAUAUUCAGGACAGUGUUUACCUUCAGUGCCUUGGGAGAUGACGGGGCUCAGGGCUUGGCAGGAGUUCCAAGUUGGAGCUCUUAGUGUGAGCACCGGGGCGGCAAUAAAACUCUCCCAGCAGCCGCACAGGGAUUGUUCAAGUCUGUAUUUUUGUGUUCCAGCUUCACUUUUGAGGGAGGCUUUUAGACUUAGCCACAGAGGCUUGAAGUUUCUGUUCAAUGUUGUUUUUCUCUCAAAACUUCUAACUGGACCUAGUGUUUUCAAAUCUACAAUAGUCAUGGUCAAGGAGAGAAUUUAUUUCAAAGCACAAACGAACAGAACCGAGAUUCUAUAGUGUGACUUGUGAAAGAAGCUAGGUCAUGUGUGGUUUUAUAUAAAGUUUGGGGCAUUUAAAGAAUAAUAAAUGAGAAACCGAAGUCUGGCUCACAAUGUUUGUAUUACCAUUCGACCCAAUUAAGAACAGAAUAAAUAUUUUGACUGAAA